AAACCAGAUUUCAAGCCGCGAAACCAAGCCCUUUUGUCCUGUUGGCUCUUAAGUGCAACGCCGUACAAAAAUGUGGCCCGAAGUGGAAGCCGCCAAAAGUGAAAAUCGUCGCGAACUGAAGCUGACCGGUGCGAGCGUCGCCAAGCGGAUCACCGAAAAUAAGGGCCGCUUGGAUGAGGCGCUCUACGGUCUCACGGCCCUUAACUUGCUCGACGUAAACGAUACGCCAUUGCAAGUGAUUUCACAACAUGUUGCGAAUCUGACUCAUAUGCAAUCGCUGCUCUUGUACCGCAACCAAAUCUCGCAGCUGCCGGCGGGGAUCGGAACCUUAGGCGAGCUGAAAGUUCUGGAUCUCUCCGGCAACAAGCUGUCCACGUUGCCGGAUGAGUUUGGACGGUUGCGCACGCUGACUACUCUGAAUCUUUCGUUUAAUCAGCUGAAAGUGGUCGAUUGCAGCAACCUGGAACAUCUGAGUGUUUGCAAUCUGUCCGGAAACCAGCUGGAAGAGGUUCCGCAGUUCUACGUUGGCGACGUGCAUCAUGUAACCGAUGUUAAUUUGGAGAAAAAUAAGAUCACAACACUGCCGGAAACUCUCACACGGCAGCAGAUUUUGAGGGCUCUGAACGUGGCCGAAAACAAGAUUGAACAGGUACCAAAGUUCAUUACAAAGUGCGUCAAGUUAAAAGAAAUCAACCUGAAGGGGAACCCGUUGAAGGACAAACGUUUGCUGAAACUGGUCGACCAGUGCCGCAGCAAGCAGGUGCUGGAUUACGUGGAGAAAAAUGGAUACCAAGCGCCGAAAGCGGUCAUUCCAAAACCUACAACUGAAACCGCGGCCGAGGCAGAGACAGAACCAGAACCGGACGUAGUUGAAGAAGCUCAACUCAAAAUAGUUGUUCGCAAAGUAACCGAAAACACUCCGAAGGUAUCGUUCACAGCCGAAGCACGUGCCAGGCGUCCGUAUCUUGCGUUCUGUAUCGUCCGUGACUUUGUCGUGAGCGAUCUGAAAAAGUUUCUGCAGCUACAGAACGCACUGCACGACGUCGAAUGUGAACGGCGUGAAGUUGCAACGAUCGCAACGCACGAUUUGGCCAAAAUAAGAGGUAACCUGCGGUACGAUGCGGCAUGUCCGGGCGAUAUCCACAUUACGCCACUCGGCAGCACGGUCCAGGCAAAGGUAACGGCCGCAAAGUAUUUCGCCGAUCUGUGCCAGCAGGCCGAGCAGGUGCGGAAAGACAAGAAGCGGAACACGUACUCGGGCGUGCACAAGUACAUCUCGUUGCUCCGAUGUCAGGAACAGUUUGCGUACUUGACCGAUGAGGAAAAGGUCAUCAGUCUGCCUCCGUUGACCAAUUGUGACGAAACGAAAAUUUCAGCCACCACACGGGACAUGCUGCUCGAGGUAACGAGCAACGCAAGCCACGGACACUGUGUGCGGGUGAUGAAAGCCCUGCUUGAACGGAUGCUUUUGAUGGGCGUGGAAGUCGUACCUUCCGGGGUGACAACGGCCGCCACCGAGUCGGGUGGUGAAAAGAAAAAGAAAUCGAAAGCAUCAAAAGCCACCGACAAGGAGCAGACGGCAAAGGUUCGUUACAAUCGGUCGGCAUCGCUAACGGUGGAACAGGUUCAGGUGUGCGAUAGCGAUGGUAAACCGCACUCGGUGUUCCCUGGCAAGGGUGACAUCACCGACAACGAGACAAAGAAUAUUGUCGUGUCCAUGAUGCAAAGAAUAUCGAUUGACGAAAUAAGCUCAGCUUAAAAAGUUGUGACUGUUUUCUGCUAAUG